AUAGCAGACUCUUUCCUUAUUAGUAUUUUGAUGUUCCUAAAAUGAAUAAUGAACUCAUGUGAUGCUAGAAGGUUCAUGAUAGUUGUUUUUCUCUUCUUUUGAUUGAUGUAAGAAACGAGAAAGAAUGGCUAUAGAAAUCUCACAUGUAGCUAUUUCAUUGUGAUUGGCUAAUUCUCUUCUUAAAUUAAAUUCUGGGAUAGAGAAUUUGGUUGUGAAAUGUAGCUCCUCCUCGAUCCUCCUUGUUUUGAGAAACUCUGUAAUAGCCUUAUGUUUAUGGUGUAAUGUUUUGUACCAGCCAACUUGCUUGCCUCUUAAUCAAUGAGUUUAAGUGGUUGAAAGGAAUGGCUGGCUGUUUCUCUGAGUCCUGUCAGAGAUGACAAAAGCAAGUAACUUAUCAAUGUGUUUUAGGAUUUCCCCUUUCCUGGUUCUAAUUGACAUAGUCAUAUGCAAAAGCUGGUCCAUUUUAAGAAAUUCAUUUCCAGCUUCCCAAAACCCGAAUAGCAACAUUUUUCAUCCCUUUGCCUAAAAAUUACUUCAGAUAUGUGUAUCACAUCUCUGUAUGCGCAAGCAUUUUGAACACAUUUCAAUGCCAGUUUAAAUAGGCAUCAUCUCGAAAUUAGAGUGCUAGUACUUUACCAAUUUGUUUAUUUAUCUUCUCUCUCUUAUAAGACCAAUAGAUAUUAAAGAUCUGUAGUGGUGCAGUAAUGCAGCCCAGUUGAUCUGUUCCUUCUGUCUGGUAAAUUUUUAUUUUUAUGCCUUGCUUCAUGUGUGUUGCUGAACUCCAUAGAAUGACUUUCAUGUUUGGAAACACGAAAGCCAAACUUUAACAGUUUAUGCAUUCUUGGUGUCUGUUCCCAGGACUUGCAUUUGACAGAUGCAGAAGAAGCCUGGGCCAUGGAGGAAGGAAGUAUCAAGAGCUAGCAAGGGAGAGAAUUGGAAGGAGCCUCUCUUUGUUGCACUAUCCUACUCUCAUGGAUGGAGUUAUACCAGUAACUCUGCAUCAUGUAUUGGUGGAUGCUCUUGCAACUCCAUCUGGCAUGAUUCCCAUUAGCUCAUCUGCCUUAGCAAGAUCUGAUGUUGGAUGUUGAAGCCACACUUGAAUGCUUUCUUUGAUGGAAUUCUAAAAAUUUUGGCUUACUAACUGACAAAGAGGAUUAUAUGUUCGCAAGUGCUAGGUUGGUGCCGAUGCCAUAAAAAGGAUUCUUGAGUGACAUUGCUGGAAGUCCAUAACUAAUUCCAGCUAGCAUGAACUUUAUAGAAACAGAGUUUAAUGUGAAAUGGGUUUGGGUGAUUGUAGUUACUGUGUAACCAUCGAACUUGAUAUGUUGUACAUAAUAAAAUAUGGAUUAGUAUAAAGGAUUUUUGUUCAAAGUUCAA